AUGAGUGAUUAAAUUGCAAAAGCAAUGAAAAAAUUUUCAGAGAAAAUAAAUAAAUUAUAUCUACCAUCUGUUUAUCCUAUUGUUAUUGAUAAUGUGGAAAUCAACAAGAAAGUUUAAUUGAAUAGGACUAAUAGAUGUAAGUCUUAACACAUAAUAUAAAAAUAUAAUCAAAUACAGACUAAUUAAUCUUAGGAUAACGUUAAUAUAAAUAAUCAAGUUGUUUAAAUCAAUCAAUCUAAAGAUAAUUAAUCUAUUAGUGUGUAAAGUUAGAUCAAUAAAACUUCAGAUUAAAGUGAAUUAAAUGCUUUAGAGAUUAUCAAUAUAAAUUAAUUAAUCAAUUAAAAGAAGAAAGAGAUUGCCAGAUAAAAUAAGUAUUAUCUAAAAUAGAUCAGUAAAAUUAGAUGUAAAUUUAAUUUAAUUUUAGAGAAUUACGAAAUGAAAGCAAAACUUAGAGACUAAUCAAGUAAAGAUCGAAAAUCAACUGAUAAAUCUGAAGAGUUAUAUGAAAAAUGUUGGGAUGAAACAAUCAAAGAAAUUAAUAAAGAAAUAGAAGAAAAUCAAUUAAUUGUCUAUGAUACAAUUCAUUAAGGAAGAUAAAAAAAAAUAAAAAGACCAAAACCAUUAAAAAGUUAAGUAUGAGUUUAAUUAGAUAUAAAUUUAGAUUUUCACCAAAAUUAGAGAGCAUGAGAAUUAAUAUUUUCGUUAGCGUUCUGAAUCAAUAUUGAGGAAAAUGAAAUAAAAGUCUAUUCAUCUUGUAGGAGAAGUAACAGAAUAAAUUGAAUAAGCAUAAAGGAUUUAAAAAGAAUAAUAAUAUUAAAGAUCAAAAGAAAGAGAAGAUGGAAAGCAAGAGAUAAUAAAAUCAUUGAGAUUUAAAGAGUAAGAGAAAUUAGUAAAAUUACUUUAAUCAAGACCAACAAAUAGACAUGUAUAACUAACAUAUAAAAAAAAUAAUGAAGAAUUAGAUGAUCAAUUAAGUUCUUUAAAAAAAAACAAAAAGAAAAGAUCAUUAAGUUUGAAUAAUUGUUUACCAUCUAUUGAUAAACAUCAAGAAAUUGAAAUAAAUUCUGUAAAAUAAUAAGAAAAGGUUUAGAUACUUAAGAAAAUAUAGGAGAGUAGUAAUUUAUUAAAUAGGAAUUUACUCAAGAAAUCACGAAAUUUUUAGUAAUAAUCAUAUCAAGAUUUAAGCGCUAUUAUUAAAGGUUAAUGA